UUAAGUACCAUGGACAGCGCCAGGCAGCACAAACGCACUUGAGCAAGUGUAGGUACCUUAGCGGAGCGCUCUCUCUUUUACAAACAAUAUCCAUCCGCAGAGCAAGCUUCCUUCCUUUUGUUUUCCUUAACCUUUCUACUCUACUUGGACCUCCUUGUUCGGAUAACCUCUCUUUUCAGCAGGGUAUGAAGCAGUAGAGCCGCGCCGCGCUCGGAGCACCGAGAAGCGGACUCCUCUCUCACCCUCCCACUGCCGCUUCCUCCUGCUGGAUCUGGAGAGAUGCCCGGGGCAGGAUGUGCUCCAGCCGCAAGAUCCUGUGGAGCCUGCUCCUGCUGUCCGUGGUGGAGGUGGGCCUGGGUGUGGCGAGCAUCGUCCUGGGAGCCGUGGGCAUUAGCUGGGUCCGAGGACAGCACAAGCCGCAGCAGGGCGACGCGUCCCCGGUGUGGAGCGGACUCUGUUUUCUGGUCUGUGGGAUGUGUGGAGUGCUGUGUGCUCGCAAGAGGACAGGUCUUAUUAUGAUCUUAUUUUCGGCAUGCUGUAUUUGUGGUCUGAUUGGUGGGAUCCUAAACUUCCAGUUUGUUCGGGCGCUGAACAAACGACCAGACUCAAUGCACUCGAUCCAUCUGGCUGCCAUGACUCUGGCCUGUCUGGGAAUCUCUUCCUGUACCUUAUCCACAUGGCUUACCUGUCGCCUGGCUAGCUCCGAGCAGCAGAGGAUGUUCCUGGAGAGGGAACACUCGCUGCACCAUUCGCAUGAGAUGACCGAGAAGGAGAUCCUGGACAACUCCAGUAACGGCAUUCCUCAGAUAUCUUACAACGGACACACCACAGUAUCACCAUGACAACGUGUCACAAAAGGUUACUUGCACACACUGAAACAGAGGCAGUUCAUGUGUAUCACUUGCUGUCAGAAGACAAUUGCAGCCCGCACUUCUUUUUACACAUCCUGCGGCAGAUGCAAUAACAAGAUCCUGACUGCAGGGCGUGAAUUGUCUCGCCUAGGAACCCAUUUUCUCUUCCUCCGGAGUAAAAAAAGGACAUUUUGACAACAAGAGGGAGGCGUUUGUGCUUCUGAAUGAUUAUGCAAAUACAGGUUCAAACCCCCUCUGAUCAACUCAAACCAAAGCCAGGAUGGAGAGCUGCCGUUUGGGCCAUAAUUCAGGUGACAAACAUCUGCAUUACAUCAUCUGACCUUUAAACUAAUUAGCAGGAAGGAUAGAUGUUAUCCAAUGAAACACCUCAAAGUGAUGAGCACAAACCAAGCAUGCAGCUGAUUCACUUGAAGGGCUAGUGCUUUUUCAGUCUCAGUGUCUUUAUUCUCUCUCUGUCUUGUUAUGAGUUUAUGGAAUGCAGAUAUUGAGAUAGCCUACAGUAACUGUAUCAUCUGAUAAUGGAAUGCUUUGAUAUGAAAUACAGUGAUUGCGCAAUGUACUGUAUUGUAUAGCCAUGCUUGUAUAUCAGGAAUCUAGCCGUAGCUAUAAAUCCAAGAUAUUUUUAUAAAUGCUUCUUAUAAAAGUGAAUUCAAUUAAAGUAUAACAAAUCUGA